AUGACCCACUCUUUGGUUUGUUCGGAGACCUUGAGCAGGGUGAGUUCCGUGCUGAAUCGCAACACCAGGGACUUUGGGAAGAAGCAUCUGUUCGACAAGAAUGAGGAAACCUGCUGGAACUCGGACCAGGGCCCCUGCCAGUGGGUGAUGCUUGAGUUCCCUCAGUGUGUCUGUGUUUCCCAGCUGCAGAUCCAGUUCCAGGGGGGCUUCUCAAGUCGCAGGGGCCGCCUGGAAGGAUCCAGAGGAACUGAGGCACUUUGUAGGAUUGUGGACUUCUACCCUGAGGACAACAACUCACUUCAGACCUUCCCUGUGCCAGCCACCAAGCUGGACCGGCUGAAGGUGACCUUCGAGGACAUGUCUGACUUUUUUGGUCGCGUGGUCAUCUACCACCUGCGGGUGCUGGGGGAGAAGGAGUGA